UGGAAUACGCAAGCAGAAAGGGGUUUGUUGUUGGUGUUCUCUAUGCAAUUUGUCAAGCUGGCCUGCAGCAAGUGAUAAUAAUUGGCCAUGGAGGAUUCAACGAGUCACAUUCAAGAACAACUAGACAAACUAAGGGGGAAACAUUUAGAUCAGAGGAGGAAGCCAAAAAGGGUUUGGCUGACCAAUAUUCCAAUGUUCUAUGUUCCUAAGAAGGUUCAGGGGAAGAAAUGGUCCAGCCAAUCUCUCGGUUGAACCUAUGACUACCACAUGACGUGA